AUGGAAACUAAAGCUGGAGAGGAUCCUACAAAUGUACAAAGUAUUGAAAACAUUGUAGUUGAUGAUAAUGAACAUUUAGAUGGAAGUCCUACUGAUGAAGAAAUAAAUGAAACAACUUAUGAUGGAAAGGAUUGUGGGACAACUGUUAUUUUUGAAGAAUCCUUGACUGAAAUAAUCAAUGAUAGUGAGCCUCCUGGAACUGAGAAAGAGAAUAUUUAUGAAGAAAAAGAAACAUUAAUUGAAAAGGAGUUACUGAAGGAAGAUGAGUAUAGGUCUGAUAACAUCAACCCAGAUUUGCCAGUAGUAGAAGAGACUGAUGUUGACAUUAUAAGUGAAACAGAAAAAGAAAAAACUAUAACCGACAUCACAACUAAUGAUAGACCUUCUAAGCCUAAGGAAAAUGGUAUGUACAUCAGUGAUUCAGAAGAAAUUAACGGGCAAAGGUGUGUGCACAGCACCACCGUUGCCCGGCUAUGA